AUGAAGAAGUUUGUUCCCCGCCAGCGAAAGCAAAAGCACCGGCAGCAGGGGAAUGCUGCUUCCGUGGACACCAAUGUCGCGGAACUAGCACCCGUCUCCAAAGAUGAGAAAGAGGCGAAGAGACAGAAGCUGCGUGAGGAACUUCGAGACCAGCAUUCUAAUGUUUCAUCAAAGAAGCAGAAGCGCCUCGAUAAGUACAUUGAGAACAAAUUGAGGAAAGAAGAAAACGUCGAACUGCUGAAGAAGCUCGCCCAAGCCAAAGUCGAUACCUCCUAUUUACACAGUUCGAGAGACUUGGGUAAACGAAGGAGGGAGGACGAAGGUGUUCCUGUCCCGGUCGUCGUUCCAACACCGACGAAGAACACACCCAACCAGGACCUCGGAGACGACAGCGACGAUUCCGACGCCGACUUGAAGGCCUCCAACCCUGCCACAGAUCCUGUACCGGCACCGAAACCCCAACCCGCUGUUGGAAGUGGUCUAAAACGCCCGCUCGAACUUGGACCGGAUGGAUUCCCUGUGAUCAAAAAGCGGAAACGUGCCGGUAAGACGGCACCUGCGCCGGUGAAGGAGGUGGCGUGGGAUGGCUUCGGCUCGGAUGAUGAGGAAUCGAGCGACAAGGACGAAGGAAAUGACUCGGAUGAUUCAGAGGCCGAGGCCAAGGACGGCUCUGAAGAUGAAAAUGAAGAUUCUGAAGGGACAUCGUCUGAGGGUUCUUCUGAUGAGGAUGACGAAGAUUCAGACGAAGAAUCGGAAGAGGAAGAAGGCCCUGCCAAGAUCAAGCCCAGAGAGUCUGCGUUCAAAUCCUGGGCCAGACAGCAGAUCAAUGAGGCUGCGGAUUUCAACCCGACCGAGGGACCAGCUUCCAGGGAUCACCAGCAACAAGCAUUUGCGCCUCCCAGGAAGGAACCCAAAAAUGAAGUUUAUGAAGAGGAGCCUCUUCCUCGUGAGCUUCAGGUAACUACGGGCAAUCCCUUCCGCAAGGCAUUCAGCGUGGGGGUGGACCGUUCAGAGGAAAUCCAGGCUGCCAGAAUGGGGCUCCCAGUCGUCGGUGAGGAGCAAAAGAUCAUGGAAGCAAUCUACAACAACGACACAAUCGUCAUCUGGGGUGCAACUGGUAGCGGAAAGACAACCCAGCUCCCGCAGUUCUUGUUCGAAGCCGGCUUCGGUAACCCAGACAGUCCGAACCCUGGCCUUAUCGGUGUCACUCAGCCUCGCCGAGUUGCCGCCGUGAGUAUGGCCAACCGUGUGGCACAGGAAUUGGGUCAAUUCUCCGAUUCAGUGUCGUACCAAAUUCGUUUCGAAUCAACCACAUCCAAGAAGACUGCCAUCAAGUUUAUGACGGAUGGUAUUCUUCUGCGCGAAAUUGCGGACGACUUUGCCCUCCGCAAGUACUCGAUCAUUAUCAUUGAUGAAGCGCACGAGCGCAGCGUGAAUACCGAUAUCCUAAUUGGAAUGGUCAGCCGCAUUGUGAGUCUGCGCAAGUCGAUGAGCAAGGAAGAUUCCUCUGUCAAGCCUUUGAAGGUGGUCAUCAUGUCGGCUACUCUCCGUAUCUCAGACUUCACUGAGAAUGCAAGCUUGUUCCGCCAGGGACCGCCACCGCUGGUUCAAGCAGAAGGUCGCCAAUAUCCUGUUACGGUUCAUUUCGCCCGACGGACACAGCGUGAUUACGUCGAGGAAGCUUUCCGCAAGGUGUCUCGUGGACACCGCAAACUGCCACCAGGUGGAAUGCUUGUUUUCCUGACCGGACAAAAUGAAAUUCGACAACUCGCCAAGAAGUUGAAGCAGACUUUCAAGCCCACUCAGCGGGGAGAUACUGCCAAUGCCAGGGUGGAAAUUUCAGCCAAUGAUGCACCCCUGGAAACAGAGGACAUGGAGCUGGGAGGUACGGAGAUGAAUGAUAAUGCAGAUGACUAUGACAGCGACUUGGACAUUACUGGCCUAGACGAGCCAGAAGAUGAAGAUGACGGGUUCGACCUUGGUGAAGAUGCCGUGGAUGCUUCCACGCGUGUCCAUGUCCUGCCUUUAUACUCGCAGCUGCCCACAAAAGAACAGAUGAAGGUCUUCGAACCGCCGCCGGAGAACUCUCGUUUGAUCAUUCUGGCUACCAACGUUGCCGAGACCUCCCUCACCAUCCCCGGUAUCAAGUACGUCUUUGACUGCGGACGAGCUAAGGAGAAACAAUUCGACUUGUUCACGGGUGUUCAAAGCUUCCAGAUUGGCUGGAUUAGCAAAGCCAGUGCGAACCAGCGUGCUGGUCGUGCCGGUCGUACGGGACCUGGCCAUUGCUAUCGCCUAUAUUCCUCUGCGGUCUACGAAGGUGAUUUCGCCGAGCACACCGACCCGGAGAUUCUGCGGACUCCCAUAGAAGGAGUUGUCCUCCAGAUGAAGAGCAUGGGUCUGCACAACGUGAUCAACUUCCCAUUUCCGACGCCUCCAAGCCGUCACGGCCUUGCCAAAGCGGAGAAACUACUCAAGAACCUGGGUGCUCUCUCUGGAGAAGGCCAAGUCACGCAGAUUGGUCGGCGUCUCUCGACAUACCCUCUCUCGCCCCGUUUCGGCAAGAUGCUCUACAUUGGCCACCAGCACGGCUGCAUGCCCUAUGUCAUUGCCCUCGUCGCAGCCCUCGCCGUCGGUGAUCUCUUCGUCAAUCAGAACGAAUUCAACCCACCUCAGCCAAAACCUUCCCAAAAGAAGGACGACUCAGACUCCAGCGACGACGAAAGAGUGGUAUACACCAAUGCAGACAGACUAGAGGACACCGAACGCGAGCAACGCUCCAAAGACUACGCUCGUGUCCACCGCCUCCUCAGCAAGCACGACGACAACUCCGAUGCCCUGAAAUACCUCUCUGCGAUCUGCGCCUACGCCUACGCCCCAGACGGCGAUGCCUUCAGCGAGCGGAUGUUCUUCCGCGCGAAAGCCUUCAAAGAAGCCACCCAACUCCGUCGCCAACUCACCGACAUCGUUCGCUCCAACAACCCAGGCCUCAUAGGAGCCUACGAAGCCAAGCUCCCCGAGCCAACCCCCAAACAAGUCAAAGCACUCAAACAAAUCGUCACAGCCGGUUUCAUCGACCACGUCGCCAUCCGCGCAGACCUCGCUCCAAUCCCACCCGAGCAAGAACGUGCGCCCCGUCGCGCAAUCGACGUCCCCUAUUUCACGCUCUUCCGCUCGCGCGAGGGUAAUCUCCAAGAACUCUCCGAGCGCGCUGUCUACGUGCACCCGACUUCCAUCCUUUCCAAGCUCUCGCCUAAGGAGAUGCCGCAGUAUAUCAUCUACUCGCAUUUGCAGCAGUCGUCUUCGCUGGUCGCGGGUCAAACCCCCAAGAUUAGGAUGUUCCCGCUUGUCACGCCCAGUGGGUUGCAACUUGCUGCUAUUGCGCAUGAUACUCCGCUUAUCGAGUAUGGGAAGCCGAUUGGGAAGACCGAGGUGCUUGAGGGUAUUCCGCAGCGGAGGUCUUGCUGGGUUAUUCCGAAUCUUGUGGGUGAUGCUGGUGGGACCGGGUGGCCUUUGCCUGCGAAGAAGGUUGUACAAAAGAAGGAUCCCAGGGAGGGAUGGGUUAUUGAGAAGUUUGUUGCAUGA